CUUCCAAAUUUUAUAACAUACACACGGUGUUUAGCUAUUCCUGGCUUGGUUGGAUUGUUCUACGUACCUGGAAAGCACGUUGAAACUGGAUCUCUCUUUGCUGCAGCUGCUUUCACCGAUUGGCUGGAUGGCUUCCUGGCGAGAAAAUGGGACAUAUCUAGCUCGUUUGGGGCUUUCCUUGAUCCCGUUGCGGACAAACUAAUGGUUAGUACGUCACUCAUCCUGCUUUCUGGCCGGUACGGGAGUCGCGUGGCUAUUCCAACCGCCAUUAUUCUUGCCCGUGAAAUCUCGGUUUCUGCUCUACGGGAAUGGAUGGCGCAACGUGGGCAACGAGACCUAGUCAAGGUGGGCUUCCAAGGAAAGCUUAAAACCGCUGUAACAAUGGCAACUUUAACGUUGUUGAUGUUGAUUCCUUUCGGGGAAGAAGUGGGUAUUCUCGGGAAAGAGGUCGUCCUGAAGGCAGCUUUUUCGUUUUUAUAUUUUUGUGCUGGCAUCACGAUCACCAGUGGGAGUGUUUACUUUCGAGCCGCCAUUCCGGUGCUACUCAAAGCAAACAGUAAGUAA